AUGCAAGACGUACGGUACGUCCUUACGUCAUCACGUUAACCCUGACGCGGAAGUGACGGUUGGUUUGCCGGAAACUAUCACCACGCUUGUUUGGAGGCCACGAACCUUACUCAGGAUCAGAAGUGAGCCAUCCUCACUGUCGUCAUGGCUGUGAGAGCAUCUUUUGAGAAAAACAACGAGAUUGGCUGCUUCGCCAAGCUGACCAACACGUACUGCCUGGUGGCCAUCGGAGGCUCCGAGAACUUCUACAGUGUGUUUGAAGGGGAGUUGUCAGAAACCAUCCCAGUGGUUCACGCGUCCAUAGCAGGCUGUCGCAUCAUAGGGAGGAUGUGUGUGGGAAACCGUCAUGGCCUCUUGGUGCCCAACAACACGACAGACCAGGAGCUGCAGCACAUCAGGAACUGUCUGCCAGACGCUGUGAGGAUCCAAAGAGUUGAGGAGAGGCUUUCUGCGCUCGGUAAUGUCAUCGCCUGCAACGACUACGUGGCGCUGGUGCACCCUGACCUCGACAGGGAGACGGAGGAGAUCCUCGCAGACACUCUGAAGGUGGAGGUUUUCCGUCAGACAGUAGCAGAGCAGGUCCUGGUAGGCUCCUACUGCUCAUUCAGCAACCAGGGAGGUCUCGUCCACCCAAAGACAUCGAUAGAAGACCAGGACGAGCUGUCGUCUCUGCUACAGGUUCCCCUGGUGGCCGGCACAGUGAACCGGGGCAGCGAGGUGAUCGCAGGGGGGAUGGUGGUCAAUGACUGGUGUGCGUUCUGCGGCCUGGACACCACCAGCACUGAGCUGUCCGUCAUCGAGAGCAUCUUCAGACUCAGCGACACGGCACAGCCCUCGGCCAUCGCCACCAGUUUGAGGGACUCGCUCAUCGACAGCAUGGCGUAAGUCGCCUCUGCAGUUUCCUGCCUGGUCUCACUCAUGAAGCCAACAAGCUGCUGGACCUCAUGGCUCAGCUUAAAACAAAUCCUUCCACACACUUCAGUUCAGUUCACUCAGAAGUCACAGCUCCCACCUGCUCACUUUGGACCUUUUUUAGCAUUUGGUUUCAUCUUUGUAAAAUGUUCUGGCUCUGCAAAGAACUCAUCUGUUUCCAGGGUGGAUAGAGAAAACAGCUCACCACCUCAUCUCUAAUUUUGAAUGUGGCUGGUGGAAAUAAUUGUUUUUUCAGAGCCUUAAAAUUAAUGUGAUGGUAAGUUUGCCAAAGACCUUGUUUCAACAAGGUAAACACGGUAGAGAAAUGCUUUGACUCAGCCUUCUGUUUUAACAAACAGGUAGAAACAACAGUUUGGAUAGAACAGGGCUGUGCUAAAAUGAAAUGAACAUUAGACUUGUUUCUGUGCCUGUAUCUGUUAAAAAAAAUCACAGAAAGUGUCUAAACUCAGUCUCUGGGCUGGAUGUGAUUCUUCACCCUGAACUGCUGCAGCAGCGGUGGAGGCAGCUCUGAUGGCUGACAGCACCUCAGCAGGCUGGCGCUGGACACUCGCUCUGGUUCCUAAACUCUUACAACGCACAGCCACCUGUAUAACCAUCCCAGAUAUCAGCAUUUAUCUGAGGCUUGAAGAACGAAAGCCGCUGUUGAUUUAGUCUAUGGGCCU